AUGAGUAUACCGUUUUCUGUGGCAGUAAAGCCUUCAAUCAUAAGGAAUAAUAGGAAAUCGUGUGGUAGAAGAUAUGAUGUCAUAACAUCAGAAUUAACCAUGGUUCCAAAACAUAAAACCACGGCUUUUCCUCAAUUGUCAAAACAAAGAGUUUCUGUUGCUGAUUUACAUGUACAAGAAGUUGUUGAAAAGCAGUCUCGGACCGCCGAUUCUGAUACUCCAUGUCUUAGUAGUUUCAAGGCAAAGUUUGAGCCUAGUUUUCUUAAAAACGCGUAUGAAAUGUGCAGAAACAUCUGCGCUGAAUAUGCCAAGACAUUCUAUCUAGGAACUUUACUUAUGACUGAAGAAAGACAGAAGGCUAUUUGGGCUAUAUACGUUUGGUGCAGGAGGACAGAUGAGUUGGUAGAUGGUCCUAAUGCUGACUAUAUGAGCUCUGCUGUUCUUGAUAGAUGGGAAGAUAGAUUGCAUGACAUUUUCAAUGGACAACCCUAUGAUAUGCUUGAUGCUACUCUUACCGAUACAAUUUCCAAGUUUCCCUUGGAUAUUAAGCCUUUUAGGGACAUGAUAGAAGGUAUGAGAAUGGAUACGAGGAAAACGCGAUACAAAAAUUUCGAAGAAUUAUAUCUUUACUGUUACUAUGUGGCGGGAACUGUUGGGUUGAUGAGUGUUCCAGUAAUGGGAAUCGCGCCGGAGUCUCUGAUUCCUGCUCAAAGUGUAUAUAAAUCAGCAUUAUAUCUUGGUAUUGGAAAUCAACUCACAAACAUUCUUAGAGAUGUCGGGGAAGAUGCAUUAAGAGGUAGAGUGUAUCUUCCACAAGAUGAACUUGGUGAGUUUGGUUUAUGUGACAAAGAUGUUUUCUCAAGAGAAGUGAGUGAAAGAUGGAAAGAGUUUAUGAAACAGCAGAUUGCAAGAGCAAGAUUCUACUUCAACUCUGCAGAGGAAGGAGCUUCUCACCUCGACAAGGCCAGCCGUUGGCCGGUUUGGUCGUCUUUAAUAUUGUAUCGCAAGAUCUUAGACGCAAUCGAAGACAACGAUUACGACAAUUUGACAAAACGAGCUUAUGUAGGACGAGCUGAGAAGUUUGUGUCAUUGCCUGCAGCUUAUACUAGAUCUCUCUCAAUUCCCAAAACUAAUUUGCAUUCUUCCUUCACAAGACUUUUGUAG